GAGCUUGGCGUUUUGGGAAUUUACGAUCCCAAGUCGCGGGUGUUAGUGAAUGGAUCUUCCUUAUCGUGUACGGCUCGAUGCACUUCACAUUGACACACAAGUGGCAGAUUUUAGGGUUCGGUUGACGUCCCCGGCCCAAUCCAGCUUAGUGCAAAAAAUACAAAUAUGACUAGAAGUUGAAAGUCAUUAACCGUCAGUCAAUCGGAGUUUGUUGAGGCGUAAAGGUGGUCGGUUGAAUUGUUCAGUAAGCCACUCUAGGCUGGCUGGAGAAGUUAUGUGAUAGAAGAAGGCACCGGGCCAACAAUAAGUGUAAGGAAAAAAAGUCGUGAAAGAAGGCAUCAUCGACACGCGGCUUGCGUUCGUUCAGUUGGUGGGUUUUGGGAGGAGAAAUUAUGUGAUUGAAAUAUUUAAUAGAACCAUUGUUGAAUAAUUUGUUUACGGCAAGCGUCCGUGUUUGUGCCGAGAGUGUUUUUUUUUUCAAUUGAAGAACGAAGAGAAGGAAGGAAGUUUAGUGAGAAGUUUUUUUUUGCAGAGAUUCCAGGUUCAGUGUUUGAAGCCCUGUGAAGUAAUCAAGCGUGUUAACAAUAUCCGAUGAGCUGAAGAAUUUUGUCUUGGACUGUAAAAGAUUGGCAGGGAGAUACGAAAAAUACUAACGAUGAGGCUCUAUUUCCUAACACUGGUGGUAUGCCUCUGCCAUCGGGCCGCCUCCCUUCCCCAAGUGGUGAUCACAAGCGAUGCCCUCAAUGAGGAACAGAUGAAGCAGAUCCUUCAGCAGUAUGACACCGAAGUGCGCAGCUAUUGCAAUCGGCAAGUGCAAGCCAACUGGAAUGUUGCUACCAAUACCGAGAACACUACCUUCCAAGAAGAACAGAAUAAAAUUUCACUGGAGUAUGCCAAAUUCCGGACGGAUUUCUACGAGCAAUAUUUCAAAGAUGCUCAGGUGCAAAACUAUGAGGAUCCUAAGGUGCGUAAACAGCUAACGUUGCUGAAGGACCUAGGAACUGCUGCACUGCCAACCAGUGACCUGGAGGAAUACAAUAAAGUUAUGAGACGGAUGGACGCUGCGUACCAACUGGCGGAAGUUUGUCCCUACACUGAUCAGAACUGUGCCCCGGAUGCACAAAAGUGGACUCUGGAUCCGGAAAUGGAGCACGUUAUGGCAUCAUCGAAUGAUUACGAUGAGUUGACAUAUACCUGGAGGCGUUGGCGUGAAGAGUCCGGAAAGAAGAUGCGUCAAGAUUACAAAUUGUAUGUGGACUACGUUAACCAGGCAGCUAAACUGAACGGAUAUGGGGACUACGGUGAAAUGUGGAGGGCUCGAUAUGACGACUCGGAUUUGAGAGGCACACUAGAGCGACUGUGGAAAGAAGUGGAACCUCUGUAUAAUGAGCUUCAUACUUACGUUAGGUUUAAAUUGCUGGACAUGUAUGGUGACAAAAUGGAUCGAAACAAUGAGAAAAUUCCAGCUCACAUUCUGGGCAACAUGUGGGCACAGUCAUGGGUUAACCUUUAUGAUCGUAUCAAACCGUUCCCAGACGCUAGCUUGGUAGAUGUUACAGCUAAAAUGCAAGAACUGGGUUUCAACGCUACUAAAAUGUUUGAGAUGUCGGACGAGUUUUACCAAAGUCUUGGUCUUCCAAGCAGCGCCAUGAGCUACGGUCCGAAAGCCGUCAUCGAGAAACAACCGCAGAAAAUGGUUUGCCAUGCUUCUGCAUGGGACUUUUGCGACGGUGAAGACUUCCGCAUCAAGAUGUGCACCAAUAUCAAUAUGGAGGAUUUCAUUACCGUCCAUCAUGAGAUGGGUCAUAUCAUGUAUUUUAUCCUGUACAAAGAUCAACCACAGCUGUUCAAGACCGGAGCAACUCCAGCAUUCCACGAAGCCGUUGGAGAUACGAUUGCUCUCUCCGUAGCUACUCCGAAGCAUUUGAAGUUGGUUGGACUGCUGGAUGAGUACGCUGACAGUGAAGCGGAUAACAUCAAUGCUCUGUUCGAGAUGGCUUUGGAGCGAGUUGCCUUCCUACCGUUCGGUUAUUUGAUCGAUCAGUGGCGUUGGGAUGUAUUCAGUGGAGCGGUCAAUGAGAGUGAAUGGAAUUCUCACUGGUGGAAUCUAAGAGAGAAGUAUCAGAAGGUUUACGCUCCUGUAUCGCGAUCGGAAAGUGACUUUGAUCCUGGUGCAAAAUACCACAUACCAGCCAACUCGCAGUACAUAGCGUACUUCUUGGCCCAUAUCCUGGAGUUCCAGUUCUAUCGAUCCCUUUGUAUUGAAGCUGGAGAAUACAACCCAACAAGUAGUUCAGCAAAUCCUUUACAUAAAUGCGAUUUCUACAACAGCAAGGCUGCAGGAAAUAAGCUGAAGGAAGGUUUAUCAUUAGGUUACAGCGAAGAUUGGAGGUUUGCUCUGGAGAAACUGACCGGAGGUCAAGAUAUUAGCGGUCAUGCUUUGCUGGAAUAUUUCGCGCCAUUGUACGAGUUUUUGAAGGAGGAAAACGCCAAGAUACGGAAUGCUGAAAUGCAGUCCGUGGUCGACAACUACAGCAAGGAGUAUGAGGUAGCAUGCAACAAACAAGUCAAGGCUCAAUAUGCCACGCAGGUGGACGUAGGAAAUAUUACAUUACUGCAGGAGUUGACAGAAAUCUUGAACGAGAAUACCAAGUUCGUACUUGAUAACUACAAUCAACACUUUGCCCAAGUGAAUGCAGAGGACUACACCGAUCCGGACCUCCGUCGGCAGCUGCAGUAUUUAACGCAAAUAUCUAUCAACCACUUACCCGAGCAGGAGUUUACAGCGUUGAACAACGCUCUCGGCAGAAUGCAGCAUAUCUACAGUAGUACGCUGAUUUGUCCAUACGAUCAGCAAAACUGCACAACCGGCACGCUGAGCUUGGAUCCGGAUCUGUACGAGGUGAUGGCCGAAUCGCAAGAUUACGAUGAACUGUUGUACGCAUGGAAGGAAUGGCGCUAUAACACCGGACGGUAUAUGAAGAACGAUUACGCCGAAUAUGUCCGUUUGAUGAAUAAGGCCGCUGGAGUGGCUGGUUUUGAUGACAUGGGGGGCCUUUGGAGAGAUGCCUUCGAGCAGGAGAACUUCAUCGAUGAAAUGAAACGCCUGUGGAGUCAGCUGAAGCCGUUCUACGUUGAAUUGCACAAGUACGUCCGAAGAGAGCUGAUGCAGAUCUACGGAGAUAAAAUGGACUCCAAGAAUCCGAAUAUUCCUGCCCAUUUGCUGGGUAACAUGUGGGCCCAGGCCUGGGGCAACUUGUACAAUCGUAUCAAGCCGUUCAAGGAUACUGUUGAUUUGGAUAUUACAAAGAAUCUGGUCGAAAAAGGAUUCACGGUGAAGCAGUUAUUUGAGAUCUCCAACGAUUUCUAUGUUGGAUUGGGACUUCCCGAUAACAGUAUGAGCUAUAAUGAGAGUCUCGGUGCAGUGAUUGAAAAACCAUCAGAUCGUGUCGUGACUUGUCAUGCAUCGGCGUGGGAUUUCUGCGACCGCAAAGAUUUCCGAAUCAAGAUGUGCACCAGGAUGAACAUGGAGGACUUCAUAACGAUCCAUCACGAGAUGGGCCAUAUCAAUUACUACCUUUUGUACAAGGAUCAACCGGUGACACUACGUGCAGGUGCCAAUCCAGGAUUCCAUGAAGCUGUUGGAGAUACGAUAGCCCUGUCGGUGGCAACACCGGAGCACUUCCGCAAGAUUGGCCUGCUAGACAAUUACGAAAGCUCAUAUGAGAAUGAUAUCAACGCUCUGUUCCAGAAGGCCUUGGACAGGGUGGCCUUCUUGCCAUUUGGACUGGUAAUUGAUAUGUGGCGUUGGGAGAUUUUUGCAGGAAAAGUCGAUUUUCCCAAUUGGAAUAAGCGUUGGUGGGAGCUGAGAGAAGAAUACCAAAUGGUCUCUGCCCCAGUGGAGCGUGACUUGGAUGCUUUUGACCCUGGUGCAAAAUAUCACAUUCCUUAUGACAGUCAGUACAUUUCUUACUUCAUCGCCCAUAUUCUGGAUUUGCAGCUGCAUAAAUCACUUUGUCAAGUGGCGGGAGAAUACGAUCCAAACAAUUCGAGCAAACCACUACAUAAAUGUGAUAUCGAUGGUUCCAAAGAGGCCGGUGAUCGUUUGAGGGCAGGACUUUCGUUGGGUCGUUCUGUUCACUGGUCCGAAGCACUCCGAGCGAUGACAGGAGAAACGAAGCUAAAAACUGAUGCCUUGUUGGAGUACUAUGCUCCACUCUACGAGUUCCUAAAGAAGGAGAAUGAAAAGGCUGACCGCGGCGCCGGUGCCACGAUAGCACUUUCUUCAGUUCUAGUCAUGUUGGUGACCGGAGUGAACCUUCUAUCGAAACUGUUGUGAAAUGUUUACCGUUAACACUAGUGACUAGUUUAUUAAAGUGCAAUAAAAUUGAACGUUUGCUCCAA